UUUAGCCGCAACGCCCCCACAAAUACCAUAUCACCAAUCACCUCUCAACAGCUUUGACCCGUCUGUGUCUGUCUCUGUCAACCAUUUUAUCUCUCUCAGUCUUCAACUCAGCCUUGUUCCAUAGAUCGCCGUCUUGCAAAUCAGUACAAAGCGCUGACAUAUUUGGAUUCGCUUCCUGAACGUUCUAACCUCUCCUUUUGCUUUAGCCAUGAAGAUACAGGAAAAAAAGAAAAAGAAAGCCCAAGUCGCUCCCACUUGUACCACUUUCAUUUCUGGAGAAUCACUCUGACUUCUCCUCUAGUUUUUAUCAACUGGGUAUUGGGUAUUGGGUAUUGUUUCCUUUUCAUGGGUUCGUGGGUUUCGGUAUCUUCUCGUGUUCCAUGGUUGGGAGUUCUAAAUAUCACUCUGUGAGCUUAAAGUUUUCAAAUUUAUCACGUACUUCUAUUUUAUUAUCUAAAAUUUGAUCUUGGUUUUGCUUACCUUGUCUUCCGAUUGAAUCUUUUUUAUGCUUCUGGAUCUGAAAUGGAGGUCUAGGGUUUAUCUUUGAGAAACUAAGAUCUACUGUUUUCCAAAGUUUCUCGAAUUUUCCUUGGGUUUCGGAAAGUUGGGUCCUUUCUAGAUUCCUCACCUUAUGUUUGUGUGAAAAGCGCACUCAGAUUCCUCUAAAAUGAUUCUCAAUUAGUGCCUCUUUGGCCUUAAAACAUCCAGUACUUCCCUGCAUUUCCUAUCUGGGUUUUGUCUCUCUUUGAACUCUCACAGAGAGAGAGAGAGAGAGAGAGAGACGAAGACUCAUUGCCUAAUUGUCUUUUGGCACGAUUGGUAUAGUGAUUGAAUUGUACAGUUUGACCAUCUAGAACUAUGAAUCGGGGAACUGAAAUUCUGUAUCCGACCUCCUAUGCACAGAAUUCUAACUGGUUUUUUCAGGAAAGCAAGGGAACCAAAUGGACACCUGAAGAGAAUAAGAAGUUUGAGAAAGCUCUUGCUUUUUACGCCAAUGAAACCCCAGAUCGAUGGUUCAAUAUUGCAGCCGCGAUCCCGGGAAAGACUGUAGGCGAUGUGAUCAAACAGUACAGGGAAUUGGAAGAAGAUAUCAGUGACAUAGAGGCAGGGCUGAUUCCAAUUCCUGCUUAUGGUAGUGAUUCUUUCACAUUGGAGUGGGCGAACAAUCAAGGGUUUGGUCAUUUGAAAAAAAUAUAUGAUGUUGGUGGAAAGAGGGGCACAUCGGCCCGGCCUCCUGAUCAGGAAAGGAAGAAAGGUGUACCAUGGACGGAAGAAGAGCACAGGCUAUUUCUGAUGGGUCUUAAGAAGCAUGGUAAAGGUGACUGGAGAAAUAUCUCUCGUAAUUUUGUGACCACUAGGACCCCUACUCAGGUGGCUAGUCAUGCUCAGAAGUACUUUAUCAGGCUGGCUGCCGGAGGGAAAGAUAAGAGGAGAUCUAGCAUCCAUGAUAUCACCACUGUCAACGUUCAAGACACCAAACCUCCUUCACCAGACAGUAAAAGGCCUCCAUCACCAGGUCACUCUGCAAUAUUGCUUAUGCAGCAGCAGCAGCAGCCGAAGAUGGCUGGCAUGGAUAAACAGCAAUAUGUCUGGAAAUCGCCAAACGAGCCUCCGGCCGUGGUUUUCAACUCAGUAAGUGGGACCAUGUUGAUGGCACCAUUUUGUGGGAUUUCUUCCUAUGGACCUAAGCUUCAGGAACAAAAUCUGUUCACGGGCACCAUUUAUGGAUCUCAAUUUGGACACUGCAAUACAAUGUUUCAGAUGCAACAUCAGUGAAUAAGCCGAGAGAGAGAGGAAGUUUUAGAAUUCUGAAAGUACUCUAGAUCCAAAAAAACAGGGAGUUCUGAAGCGCUAUUAAAUUGCCAAACCUUAGUGAUGUUAGAUCAAAACCCAUCCUUGCUAUAUGAUAGGUGAAUAUGUGGAUGAGGAAUUUUAGUUAGUCUUUUGUAAUUAAUCUCUUCGAAGACAUUAGUCAGUUCAUGUAAUUGUACGUGUUUGUUCAAAUUUGAAGGGAAGUUUAUUUAUGGGAAGGUUAGUUAGCCUUCAUCACUCAUGCUGUUCUGGUUGUGCUGGGGAUUUGCCGGUAGUAAGAACUCAUUUUCUUCA